AGAAAGCGGGACCUGCCCUCCGGUCGCCAUUUUUCGACCUCAGUACUUCUGGUAGCCUGUGCUAGUGGGGACGAGCGGAAAUAAGGGAAAGUAUAAAAUAAAGCAAUCGUUAAGCCGAGAUCCCUUGUGAGCGGUCGGGGAUGCACGCGACAGCUCCAGUAAACGGUCGUGGCUCCUGAGAUGCACGCGCAAGAGACGAGUCGCUGCCCUCAAAUCAUUUUUUUGUGUGAAGACGUGUUGCGAGCCGCCAUUUUUCUGCUGUGUUGCUUCAAAAGUCUGCUCCGACUCGAGAAAGGGGAUUCGAAAACGCGUUUCCAUGAAGUGUGUAUCGCCGUGAGCUCCGCGGGAUUUCGGCUGAUAGUUUCGUGACCUGCCGUGGACCUUUGUGCACAGAUGAGGGAUUAUCAGAUGUAAGAAAAAGGAAGAAGAAGGGGGGAAAGUGAGGCCACAUUUUCCGCUCUUAGAACUGACACUGACUGGAGGAGAUACAUUUAUUAGAAGAGAAGAUUUGGUGUUUUCUCGGAAGGCGGAACGAAAAGGGGAAGCUUCAUUGAUCGUUUGUUGCUCUGGCCCUCCGUCAAUGGUAGCCUGUCGUAAGUUUGCUCGUUUUUCUUGUUAUUUGGCCCCCUUUUAACAACUGCUCGGCCGCAGCCUGGACUGCGGAACACAGGGACAACAGUAUGCUCCAGAGUUGGAUCAAGUCACUGGCAGCCUGCAUCUGAAAGGAGAAAAAAAGAAAACAAAAACGCCAAGUUGUUUUUGUUUUUCUUAAACAGAUUUUUUCGGUGCCUGAGGCGUUUUGUGAAGAAAUCACUCGGAAACUCCUUCCAGAGCGACGAGUGCCCUGCCCUGAGUCUUCCAAAUCCUACAGUUUGCUGUGAUUGGCCAAUUGGAACCACGCAUACAUCUUUUAACUUAUUGCCUAGCCAAUCCUGUAGUAUUUUCCUUUCUAUUAUUAUUAAUAUUAAUUUGUAAGCCACAUUAACUUAUUUUUGAACAGAAAUGUCAACUGCUCGAUUUGAUUCCUCUGAUCGGUCCGCCUGGUAUUUUGGACCCGUGUCACGACAGGAGGCACAGAAUAGGUUACAAGGACAGAGACAUGGCAUGUUUCUUGUUCGAGACUCGUCGACCUGCCCCGGCGACUACGUACUGUCGGUGUCGGAAAACUCCAAAGUGUCUCACUAUAUCAUCAACUCUUUGCCCAGCAAGAGGUUCAAAAUAGGGGAUCAAGAGUUCGACCACCUCGCAGCUCUCCUGGAGUUCUACAAAAUCCAUUACUUGGAUACGACCACGCUGAUAGAGCCAGCCCCCAGGUAUUCAAGUACGCCGAGUCCUCCUGUCCAGCCCAUGGUUGGAGCAGAGGAGAAUCUGGAGUAUGUGCGGACUCUGUACGACUUCACCGGCAGCGAUGCUGAGGACCUUCCCUUCAAGAAGGGGGAGAUCCUUAUCAUCCUGGAAAGACCGGAGGAGCAGUGGUGGAGCGCCAAGAAUAAAGAUGGACGUGUUGGGAUGAUCCCUGUGCCCUACGUAGAGAAAGUGGUACGACCUUCACCCCACCCUGGCCAACCUUCUCAUGGAUCGCGAAACUCCAACAGCUAUGGGAUCCCUGAGCCCUCCAAUGCUCUUGCUCAUGCCUAUGCCCAACCCCAGACGCCUUCUCCAAUGCCCAACGCACCUGGAGCGGUUAUCGCUCCGCUACCGUCCAUGCAGAACGGCCCUGUCAUGGCGAAAGCCAUCCAGAAACGAGUGCCCUGUGCCUACGAUAAGACUGCUCUUGCUCUAGAGGUUGGUGACAUUGUCAAGGUUACGCGGAUGAACAUCAGCGGUCAGUGGGAGGGAGAGGUGAACGGACGGAGGGGUCUCUUCCCGUUCACCCAUGUCAAAAUCAUAGACCCCCAGAAUCCAGAGGAGAGUGACUGACCUAGGCGUUCAGCUGAAGCCUCUCUCCCGUAUCGCCGAGUACCCGAAUCUGCUGGCUGUCUCCAUCUUUUCCUGCCAGUGUCACAGUUAUGUGCUUGCCUGCUUGGGGCUGUACCAUGAUAGCAACCCCCCUCCCCCUUUCCUGUUGUUGUUGCCAGCCAUUGCAAGGCUUUCUGACUGUUUACAGCUUUGGACAUUAGAUCCAAACUAAAACCUGACCCCACUUUCCCAGGUCCCUUUUCCCUUAUCUUUGUUCCAGGCUGGGUGGCAUUUUUGCAUUAGUGUUCUUUUCAUUUCCAGAUCACUGGGCAUCAGACUGUGUGUGUGGGUAUGUAUGUUUUUGUGUAUGUGUGUGUCCACAAUGGAUAGUUAGCAUAUAACAUCACGUCUUUUAAAAAAAAAAAAAGGAAAAAAAAGUUUUCUCUUAAUAUUUGUUAUGUUUGACGUCUUUGGGACUUUCGGAAGUGUUGAUGUAUGCUUGUUUUGUUGAUGUGAGAAUAUUUGUAUGAAAUAGGGAAAGAAAGAAUUAUCCCUAUGGACUAGGGAGAGCACUGAGGCAAUGAGGAGCUAACCAGCCAGUCAUGUUAUUUCUCCAAACAAUCAAGUCACUGUUGUACCUUAACCAUUGCACAAGCACACACUUGUACACAUUGGCCAUGAGUUAUUCAGGUAGAC